AUGGUGCCGGAAGUCACCCACUUUCGUGACCUGCACUUUGUUGCAGAGUCGUUUGACCCUGUCACCAGAGACUUCUUAGACACUACGUUUGCACUCAUCGACAAGGACGAUGAAGUCUACUUUGGCCAGUUGGCUAUCCGCAAACUCAAGAUUUCUUUGGAAGAGUACUCGGCCGCGCUCGUGCGAGUCCCAGACGCAGAGAUCUACCCUAAGCUGCCUGAGAGUGGUGAACAACUCUCCAUUUUCCGAGACGAGCAACCGCUGGCGAGUAACCUCUACCUCAAGCGACCGAGACUGGUCGAAUACGAAGAAUACAAGGAUCAGGACUGA